CUAUAUAAAGUAACACGUCAGAGCACAAGUCAUCAUUCUACUUGUGACACACAGACGAAACACCUCACAUUAUGAAGUUCAUCGUUGUUUUAAUGGUUGUGGCCGCAGUAGCCUUCGCUGAGCCGCCGCCUUCGAAGAGCUACCUCCCGCCUUCUCCGUUAACCAGAAACGCUGGGUAUCCCCAAGGCCCUCAUGGUUUCGGAGGUGCCCCUCAAGUGGUAGCGGCCAGGACUCUAGAAGGUCAGGGAAUCCAUGGAGCUUUCGGCCACGGACAAGCAGGACAUGACGAUCACGAAGACGACAGCAUCCACGGAAAUGGGUUCGCAAGGGGUUCUCAUCAUGGCCAUGGCUUUGGUGCUCAAGGGAGGCACGCCGACCAACAAGGCUACGACCACAACGCCGCAGCCUUCGGCAGGAACGCCGUGGAAGUCGAUGCUAGCGAACCGGCUAACUACAACUUCGGUUAUAUGGUCAAUGACCAUUUCGAGGGCACGGAAUUCGGGCAUCAAGAGGAGAGACACGAGGAACACGCCCAAGGGGAGUAUCACGUUGUCCUGCCCGAUGGUCGUAAGCAGACCGUGAGCUACCAGGCCGACGAGCGCGGUUUUAAGCCGCACAUUUCUUACGAAGAAUCCGAGGACGCGCGCUCCGGUUAUGACGCGAACGCGAACAAUCACGCUGGCUACGACGGUAAUGGCGCGAACGGUUUCCACGGCAACCACAACGGCCACGAUUCAGAGUCGCACGGCGACUUCUCGCAUCACGCCGGAUUCGGACGCAACGGCGAACACGCCCACAAUGGGAAAUCCCGCAACGGAUACUGACCACCGUGUAUCCUAGCUUUGUAUAUUCCGUAUUCGAUUUAAAGUAAAUAUGGAAAUUGACUUUGAAUUUUAAAAUAACUCGAUGAAUAAUUGAAACAUAGAGAAUUAUAUAGUUCUGAUCUUCAACUGAAAUUCAAAGUCAAACUCCCGUUUUACAUCGAAAUUCUAUUUAUAUAUGUGGCCGUCAGCGUAAAAUUUUUCAUAAUCAUGCAUUGCAUAAUUGUAUAUUGCAAUUUAUUUAAAAUAAAAUUUAUUUUGAUGCAAAACCGGCCUAUUCAUAGUUUCGCCCAUAGAUAACAGAUGGCUCUGUAAUCAUUAUUUUUGCGCGUAUUGUUUUUUUGCCGACUCAAAUUCAAAAUAAUGAAAACUUAAACCUCAUUGCUUAAGGCCAGAUUAGGCCACUUUUGCGCUGACCGUCUUAUAUAACAUUUUGAAUUUAUAUUUCACACGCCAUUCCGAUAAAUAUUCUAUAUAUAUGUUAAAUAAAUAUUGAAUCAUAAAAA